UUUUUUUUUGUGCAUAGAGUGUUUUUUUUUUUUUCCCCUUUCCCUUAUCCUCCCCACUCCUCUUUGUUUUUUUUUUAUCCCUUUCGACACUCUUGCAUUAGUUUAGUAAUAUGCGUGCUUAUAUUUUUGAAAACUCUAACCUUGAUCAACGUGAACCUCAUGAUAGUGGAGUUGAAGCAACACUCGAUGAUUUGAAGGACAUUGGUAUACUUUAUUGGAAAUUCGAUGGACCUGAUGCUUUACAACAAAUUGAUGCCUUGGCUACUGAACGAAACUAUAAAAACAGAGACCAAAUUACUGUAUCCCCUGAUGCCUUGGGAGAUGUUUAUGAAGAUAAAGUCAAGACCUUCUUUGCUGAACACCUUCAUGAAGAUGAGGAAAUCAGAUAUAUUCUCGAUGGCACUGGUUAUUUCGAUGUUCGAGAUAAGAACGAUGUAUGGAUUCGUAUUGCUAUGGAAAAGGGUGAUAUGAUUAUCUUGCCUGCUGGGAUCUAUCACCGGUUUACCACUGACAGUAACAAUUAUCUUACAGCUAUGCGAUUAUUCAAAGAAGACCCUCUUUGGACUCCUAUCAACCGUCCUUUGGCUGACGAUAACCAAUACCGUUUGAAUUAUUUAAACACCUUCAAUAUCACUGCGCCGUAGUUUUACUAUUACCCUGUCUUUUAGUCCUCUUGUUUUUAGGAUAUCUAUAUUGAAUUGAAUAAACUCUUUGGAGAUUGUCAACAUUG